UGCAUUGCAGCCUCAUGGCAACAGCCGUGUGUGGCUCGUGGCCGGGGACAGUUAAUCCUGUCCAGCUGGGGGGCUGGGGCCCUCCCCGCCCGCUGCUGCCGCUGCCCCCAGAGCGGUGCCAGCCAGGCACGUGCUGCAUCCCCCCACCACACGCCACGGGGUGCCCCACGUUUGCAGUCCCAGGGGGGUGAUGGGUGGGUUUGGCCACGGCUUGGCCCUAAACCCCCUCCUUAUCCACGCAGGGCGAGGUGGGAUCGGUGCUGGCACUGGCCGGGGGCACAGGCCAUGGGCCCGAGCCAGGAGGGCGCCUGAAACCACCAGAAGGAGCGAGAUGGGGUCGGGGGAGACGGACCCCCACAACAGCAGCGCAGCUGGACAGUCAGACACCUGCUUUGGGGUGUUCAACGCCAGCGACGGUCCAAACAAUGGGCAGAACAGCAUCACCUCGCCCUGGUUCUCCACCGCCUUCGGCCUCAUCGGCCUCUGCUCCAACCUCUUUGCGCUCUGCGUCCUGCUCAGCUCCUCCCGCAAGCUGUCCAGCCAGGCCCGCUCCUCCUUCCUCGUCUUCCUCUGUGGGCUGGUGGUCACGGACUUCAUGGGGCUGCUGGUGACGGCCUCGGUCAUCAUCCCCUACCACUUCAUCAAGUUCGCCUGGGCCAGGGUGGACCCCGGCUGCCACCUCUGCAACUUUCUCGGCUUUUCCAUGGUCUUCUUCGGGCAGUGCCCACUGCUGCUGGGGGCCACCAUGGCCGGCGAGAGGUUCUUUGGCAUCAACCACCCCUUCUCCCGCUCCACCAGCAUCUCCAAACGCCGCGCCUGGUCCAUUGUGGGGCUGGUGUGGGGCUUCUCCUGCCUGCUGGGGCUGCUGCCAGUGCUGGGGCUGGGGCGGUACACGCUGCAGUUCCCUGGCUCCUGGUGCUUCCUCACCCUCCUGCCUGACACUGGUGACGUCGUCUUCUGCCUGCUCUUUGCCCUGCUGGGCAUCUUCUCUGUGCUGCUCUCCUUCAUCCUCAACACAGUCAGCGUGGUGACGCUCUGCCGUGUCUACCACGACCGGGAGUCGGUGCAGCGGCGCCGGGACAGCGAGGUGGAGAUGAUGGUGCAGCUCGUGGGCAUCAUGAUCAUCGCCACCAUCUGCUGGAUGCCCCUCCUGAUCUUCAUCAUCCAGACAGUCCUGCAGCAGCUCCCAGCCGACGGCCGGAUCCAGACGCUGCCCACAGAGACGCAGAAGAUGCUGCUCAUCUACAUCCGCAUGGUCACCUGGAACCAGAUCCUGGACCCCUGGGUCUACAUCCUCUUCCGACGGGCCGUGCUGCAGCGCAUCUACCCCAGCCUGCGCCCCCGCCCCUCCAUCCUCGUCCUCAACCCCUCCCUGCGCCGCAAGCUCACCGCUGACUCCGUCCUGCAGUAGCAGCCCCCGGGGACAGGCACUAAGGAGGGCACAAGC